GUUUAAUACAAUUUGUGUACAACGGAUUUCUUUUAAUAAACUUAUUGUCGUUUUACGGAACAUUGUAAAUAUUUAUUUGACAUCGAAAACAAAGAAUUUGGCAGCUGGAUUUUGCAUUUUCAUAAAACUUUGUUUUGUUUAUUUAUUUAUUUUCACAAAAUAUAUCCGUACGUAUUAAAUUCUUGGAUCUGGACAUAUUCACUUUAGUCUAAGGAGUAUAUAAAUUGAAGAUGUGUGAUGUUCUACAGUCAAUAAAAGAGCAAAUAACAGACAUUGAGAAUGAUGUUACAACUCCUGACUCACCAGAGAAUGAUAUAUAUGAAGCUGCUGAGCCUGCUUUACUCAACAUGCCUGUGGAGAUAAUAUUGAAAAUAUGCUCAUUUCUGGAUGCACAUUUCUUGAAGCACACUAUGAGCAAAGUUUGUACAAGGUUUUCUGAUAUUCUAGCUGAUGAUCACCUUUGGAAAUACUGGGUCCACAGCAAAAUUAAAGGUUGUUUCCCACCACUACCCAACUUAAAGAUAUGGGAUGAUGUACAGGUUGAUUGGGAAGAGAUAUGUGUGGAAAUGGAUGUAGAGAAGAAGAAAUGGUCCAAUGUAAAGGAAUCAAUGCGCCACAUUGUGGUGAAAGAUGUGCAUUUUGCAUCUGUGGAUACUGUGCUGCUAGUGAAUAAAGGUGAAUUAUGCGUAUCAGGAGGUAGAGACCGAGGUAUGGCUUUGUGGAAUGUUUUAAAUAUCACACCUCAUGAUAAGAGUGACAACACAACUACAUUGAAUGAAGCUAAACCUAAGUACAUACGAGAUGCUCAUGCAGGCUGGGUGUGGGACUUGGCCCCAGACAACAUAGAUUGUGCAUCGACUGUGUACUCAGCCUCUUGGGACAACACAGUUAAGGCAUGGGAUUUAGCUACAGAAUUUUGCUGUGUGCAAACAUUUAGAUGUGGAAUGUCUGCUCUAUCUGUAGUCACCACAGAUAAUGCUGUGAUGGCAGGUUUGUAUUCCAAAAAAAUUCUCACAUUUGACCAAAGGGCAGGAUCUAAUCCUGUAAGUUCCUACAAAGCUCACAGAGGACCAGUGUUGGCUCUGAAUGUGAGGAAAAAUAUGGUGGCAUCAGUAAGUGAGGACAAGACAUUAGCUGUAUGGGACAGAGUGGCUGGCAAGUUGCUAGUUAGUGAUGUAAGGAUCACUGAAAAGGCAUACCCUGUAUGUAUCAGUUGGAGUCCCUCAGCUAUGUAUAUUGGAGACUCCAAAGGAUCCCUACACCUCUUGCACCCAGAAGAACACAAGUACAUCAAGUCACAUGAACUGUGGCCUGAACCACCUAUAAUAAAGCCCUCCAGUAAAAUAACUGGUUGUUACCAAAGUCAGGGUAACAUGAUUGUUUGUUCAGACAGAGGGGAAAUAAAGUUUUUAUACAAUUGCUAUCCUCCAGAGGAAUAUUCCAGUGUGAAGACUAGUACAUUUGACGUGACUCAGUUGCGGUACCUCGACAGCGUUAUGGUGAUAGGCACGUGUGACUCCGCGCUUGAAUUCUGGGUCCCCAAUGAGAGAUAUCAGGAUCAGCAACUGUGACUUACAUGAUUCUAUUAAAAUGACAAGUUUCUAAGUAUAUGUUAUAUUUACGCUUAACAAGAUUUAAUACUCCAUAUUGCCUUGACAUAUUCUAUGGUGAUAUGACAGCUUUCCAAUUAAUAAAGUCUGAUGGUUAAUGAAAUUAAGAGAUUUGCAGUGAGUAAUUGAACUAAUUUAUUAUACAAAUUUAAUAUAUUGAAUUGUGGUACUAGUUUCGUAUCUUAUAUUAUUGUGUAAAUAAAUGGUAAUUAUUUGCACAAGUAAAUAUAAAAAAUCUAUAAAAUAACAAUCUCUAUAAUGUAAUAGGUAAAGAUAAUAUUAAAUGUGAUCUGCAAACAUACACAAAGAUAGGUACUCAAUAAUAUUAUUUUGAAAAGGUUCACAACAUUCUUUUAAUGACUAUCAGUUUAAUAAAUGUAAUAAACUAAUAUAUUUUCUGUUUUAAAA